UCCACAGUCAGUGGCAAUAGUAAUGCAACAGUUGUAGCAGGUGCAGGUGCAGGUGCUCCUGGUAGUUCCACCGCUGCCAAUGCCUCCACAGCUGCUCUCAGCGCGGAUGCGACGGCCAAUAAGAAAGUGGAUGCGAGUGGAAGCGCGGGAAAUGCAAAUGCCAACAGCACGGAUGAUGCCGCCUCAUCCACGUCCACAAAUGGCAACAGCAGCAAUGCCAGCAGCGUGGAACAGCCAACAGCUGGUGUAACAGUCGCUCUGCCCGGCGCCAAUCCCGAGGCAGCGGCAGCUGGACAAGCUACAGCGGGCGCCAAGUCAGCCAGUGGAGCGGGAGCUGGAGGAGGAGCAGGAGCAACAGCAGCGGGCGGAGUUGGAGGAGUAGCAGGUGGCGUUGCAGCAACGCGUGCCACAACGGGCAACAACAAUUGUCCAGCGGUAGCACAAAGUGCAGUGCCCAGCAGCACCACAAGCGGCACAAACGCUGGAGGAGCAGGCAGCGGCGGAGGAGGAGGCGGCGGCGGAGGAUCCACCGGAGCAAGUUCCGUUGUUGAGGCAAUGGAUAUUGAUCAGAGCAUUGAGAUACCAGAAUCCAAAGCACGCGUGCUGCGGGGACACGAGAGUGAGGUAUUCAUUUGCGCUUGGAAUCCCAGCCGGGAUCUGCUUGCCAGUGGUUCUGGUGAUAGUACAGCUAGAAUUUGGGACAUGUCCGAUGCGAAUGCCAACUCCAAUCAGCUAGUGUUGCGUCACUGCAUCCAAAAGGGCGGUGCCGAGGUGCCCAGCAACAAGGAUGUCACCUCGCUCGACUGGAACUGCGAUGGUUCUUUGCUGGCCACAGGCAGCUAUGAUGGCUAUGCGCGCAUCUGGAAGACAGAUGGUCGUCUGGCCUCGACACUGGGUCAACACAAGGGUCCCAUCUUUGCCCUCAAGUGGAACAAGUGCGGCAAUUAUAUACUCUCAGCGGGUGUGGAUAAGACCACAAUUAUUUGGGAUGCCUCGACCGGACAGUGUACACAACAGUUUGCGUUCCAUAGUGCACCUGCCUUGGAUGUGGAUUGGCAGUCGAAUCAAUCGUUUGCCUCGUGCAGCACAGAUCAACGGAUCCAUGUGUGCCGACUGGGCAUGAAUGAACCGAUUAAAACGUUCCGUGGACACACGAACGAGGUGAAUGCCAUCAAAUGGUGUCCGCAGGGUCAACUGCUUGCCUCCUGCUCCGAUGAUAUGACACUGAAGAUUUGGAGCAUGACCCGUGAUCGUUGCUGUCACGAUUUGCAGGCGCACUCCAAGGAGAUCUAUACGAUUAAAUGGUCACCCACGGGACCGGGCACCAACAAUCCCAAUACGAAUCUGAUACUCGCCUCCGCCUCGUUUGAUUCCACGGUGCGUCUGUGGGAUGUGGAACGUGGCAGUUGCAUACACACACUAACCAAGCAUACGGAACCCGUUUAUUCCGUUGCCUUCAGUCCGGAUGGCAAGCAUCUGGCAUCGGGCAGCUUUGACAAGUGCGUGCACAUUUGGAGCACACAGACGGGACAGCUGGUGCAUAGCUAUAAGGGAACUGGUGGCAUCUUUGAGGUUUGCUGGAACUCCAAGGGCACCAAAGUCGGAGCCAGUGCCUCCGAUGGCAGCGUAUUUGUACUCGAUCUGCGAAAGUUUUGAUCAUCGCCGAGAUGCGCGUCAGUAUCAGCAAUAGAAACAUCUGCCAGCUCCAUAUCCUCCUUCUCCUCCUCCUAUCCCUACUCCUUCUCCUGCUCCCAGCUAGUUUUAAGUUAUGUGUAUUGAAAGUACUUGCAACUCUUUUGUCAAAUUGUAUUCUCUAUCCAAAUUAAUUGCCCUUUAUUCUCCAGGAGUUUCUUGCACUUUUGGGGGCGUGGCAAAACCUAGUUUAAAAACGCCCCUAUCUUGCAAAUCUUCUGUUCUCCUGACUUCCGUUCUCCUUCUUCGUUUUCUUAGCCGUAAGCUCCAAUUGUUUCUAAGUAUUCACUUUUUAUACGAAAACUCGUUUAUUAUAACAUUAAUUUGAUGCAUUUUGUUAUUGUAUACAUCGCAAGUGCAAGUUAUGUUCCCCUCUCCCAGUCCCCAAAUAAGUCUUAUAUAUGGAAAGUGAAAGGGAUCCGAUUUGCGAAGGAUUCACGCAUACAUUCGAACAGUGUAACUGCAUCCCAAACGUAGUGUGUAAAGAAUGACGAAAAGAAACGGCAACAAAAUUAAUUAAAGCCCAAAAAAAAAACAUGCAAA